CCUUGUUGACGACGAGCCCCUCCAGCGGUGGAGGGAAUGAGGAGCCGGUGGGAAAGUGAGAGGGGCUUCCGGUCGGACGCUUUUAAGCGUCGGCACAACUUCCAGUCCCGGAGCCUGGACGCAUCGGACUCACACGUGCGGACGGCACCGCGUUACCGUUCAUUCCCCGGAGCCAGGGCUUGCUGGGCCAUGGUAAUGUCAUUAAAGGGACAACAGUUUGGCUUUCUGGAUGAGUAACUGGCCAGGACACAAUGGCAAAACCUGAUCAGCAGGCAGGCAGUGUCGUCCCAGUUGGAUUUAACCAGGGACACCCAAAAAAGAAAAAGAGGAAGAAAUUCUGGGCCAAGGAGAAAACUGUCACCAAACAGAAGACUGAACCAAUAUUGCCUCCGAAGGAUGUUGCAGAGUACUCGUCCAACUGGAAGGCUCUACGGCAGUUACUGAAUCAGAAGUCUGAAGAGGAGAACAAAGUUCCAGUCAGCAAAUUCAAAAAGAAGAGAAAGGAGAAAAAGGAACAUCGCCAAGGAACACAAGGAGUUAAACCUGAAAAGGGAGUGGAAAGGAAGACCCAGUCACUCUCUCUGGCUACAAGUGCACCUGUGAAAGAAAAUGGAAUGAAACUGGAUAAGAAAUCACACCAGGGGACUAAACACAGGGAAACUGAGCCGGGUAGGAAUAGCCAAGUGCCUCCAGAUAAAGAUUAUUCCCCUCAUAGGAAAAAGAGACGGAAGACUCAACCAGAACCAGAACCUGAGAAACCGACUGAGCCGGACAUUUGGUUUGAUGACGUGAAUCCCGAUGACAUCGAGGCAGCGAUAGGACUGGAAGCUGCAAAUGUUGCUCGACAGCGGGAACGUGCACCACAGGGAAAUCCAGACCCUACACAACAAAGCCCGGAAAAGUUGCUGGUUAAAGAUGGAGCGUUUGAAGGACUGACGAAAGCUAUAGCAAUGGACUGUGAGAUGGUCGGUGUGGGGCCGGACAAAGUGGAAAGCAUCCUCGCACGGGUUUCCAUCGUAAAUAAGUUUGGCAAGUGCAUUUAUGACAAGUAUGUGAAACCAACAGAAAAGGUGACGGAUUACAGGACCUGGGUGAGUGGAAUACGACCGGAGGACGUUAAGAACGGUGAAGAUUUUAAAGUCGUGCAGAAGGAGGUGGCAGACAUCUUGAAAGGAAGGAUCUUAGUAGGUCACGCUGUUCACAAUGAUCUUAAGAUCCUGUUUUUGAGUCAUCCAAAGAAGAGAAUUCGUGACACGCAGAAAUAUAAACCUUUCAAAGCACUUGUCAAAUGUGGUCGGCCCUCACUCAAGCAUCUGUGCCGACAGAUCCUAAAGGUCAAAGUUCAAGAGUCCGAACACUCUUCGGUUCAAGAUGCACAGGCGACAAUGAGGCUUUACACGUUGGCACGACAACAGUGGGAAGCAGGAUUAAAGGCAAAGUACAGAGCGAAGAAAGAAGAUGUGAAGGAGAAAACUGAAUCGAAGAUGGCUAAGACUGCAAGAAAAUGAUGAGGGGGUCAGUGUUCGGUAUUCUAUGAGAGAUGAAGAAUGUAUGCUUGAAUUAGGAGCAGAGUGAUGUCUUCAAACUCCUCAUCGGACAGUGUCUCUGAAGAGAAAGAAAAUACGACAAACUCCUAAAGCUCGGAUCAAGCGUGCAGUUGGUAGCAGUAUGUGGGGACCGGGUGAACACACUGAAUGAAUUCCACGGAGACACUGGAAUAGACGAAUUGAGUCAUGUAUGGGUAUUACACAUGGGAUGUGACACUCACCAGACUCCAUUCACACUUUGUACUGUCCUGAGACACCGAGAAAAGCACAACCACCAACUCAUGAGCACAACACAAACUACAGCACACAAUGCAGUACACUCUGCACACACACACUGUACCCAUACUGCAGCACAUGAUACACUCCAGAAGAAUGCAAGGUCACAAAUUACUUUGUGUGUGCAUCUGUGGUGAUAUUUGCCACGUGAUUAUGUGUAUGCACUUACUGCUUUAAUUUAAUGUUUGUUUAUUUGAGUCCCCACACCAUUUUUUGCUUA